AUGGUUGAGAGCGCGCAGCCUGACAUUGCGGACAAAUUGUCUGAACUGCUAAAAGCUGUUGAAAGGUCAAUUAAGGCGAGGGAACAAAAUAAGGAGACUUUAACAGAAGCCCACGAAUUAGGCACUCGCAAGCAUACAGACUUAAUCAAAUCACAACAAGAACAACAGGCACAACUUGCAACAUUAAUCUCACAAAGCACAUUACAGAUAGGACCAGCGAUUCACCAGACACCUUUUUAUGGAAAACCCACAGAUGACCUUCUGUCAUUUAUAAGCCAUUUCGAAAGUUCUCGAAUUUCUGCGGUUGGAAUGACGACCAACGUCUUAGAGCUUUGCCACUUUAUCUACAGGGUAAUGCUAGUUCAUGGUAUGCAAGUUUUGAUUCAGAAACAUUGA